GUUUCUUUGGUAUAAAAAGUGAAAUUGUCGCUGAAAAUGCAUAGACCGAGACGUGGAAGCAAGUCAACAUGGCAUCCAGGAUCUUUUACUUCAUUGCCCUGCUAUGCACGGCCAAGUCCAACCCCCUUGGUCAGACGACGGUCUGCGAAACACCAGGCUUGCUUCCUAGCCUCCUUCCCGGCUAUGGCACCGUCUGUGAAACAACCCCGAACGUCCUCCCCUACAUGCCGUACGGAUAUGGCGGUCUUAGCCCACUUGGCGGUCUUGGCGCACUCGGUGGGAUUGGCGGACUUGGCACCACGGUUUGCGAAACCACGCCCAAUCUAUACGGCUUGGGUUAUGGCCUACCUUACAGCUCGAUCGCUUCUCCCAUUGGUACCGCCACGGUUUGCGAGACGACCCCUAAUGUUCUAGGACUGGGGUAUGGCAUGCCAGUGGCACCUCUCGGAUCUACCACAGUCUGUGAAUCAACACCUGUAGCGCCUAACUUGCUAGGUUAUAAUUACGGUCUACCCCCUGUGACUGUGUGUGAGACGACGCCUAAUGUACUAGGGUGGGGAGGAUUAGGUCUUGGUCUUGGUUUAUCUGGAUAUGGCGGCUGUCCUUACGGUCUUCCUUUAGGAGUGGGGUAUCCAAUGCCGUACUCAGGACUGGGAGCUUCAACUGUUUGCGAGACAAGCCCGAACGUUUUGGGCUUGGGAUGGCCUGGAGUAGGUUUGGGAGCGAAUGCUCUCGGAUCUACAACGGUUUGCGAGACAAGUCCUAAUGUUUUGGGUCUGGGUUGUCUCCCUGGAUACGGUAUUGGAGCUAACGCCCUGGGAUCAACAACAGUGUGUGAAACCAACCCGAAUAUGCUAGGUAUGGGUUACUUCCCUGGCUUAGGUCUUGGGAUCAAUGGUCUAGGAGCCACCACGGUCUGUGAGACAGCUCCGAAUGUCCCCUGUCUGCCUUACGGAUUCCCUUGCCCCCGUCCUUUUUUAUAAAUUCCUCGACUUCCACUGCCUCUCAUUCCUCAAAGACGGUAGUUGGAAGUUCGAUUUCUCCCUAUACAAGCCAAAAUGAUUUCAAAUCUUAUAAUAAUAAUAGAGUAUCUUUUGGCUUGUAGACCCUGGCUAUGUCGCGGACUUGUGCUGUAUGUUUUGUUGUUAGUAAAUGAUUUUCCAAAUCUCUUACAAGAAAUCCCAUCGUUUGUUUAAAAUUAAACGCUAUACCUCUGGCUUUAAGGUUUAUAAAGUAAUUAUCAGAUCACAUUAACAUUUGUUAGUUUAAUUUUCAAUAGCUAGAGUUAUUAAGGCAAUGCUGUAGGUAUACUUGUGAAUUUCAUGUAGUUAAUAUUAUCAAUGAGCAGUAAGAGAUUUAACUCAUCGAUUCUAAGAUAACUGCAGUGAUGCGCAAUACUUGGAAGUGCUGUGAAAUCAACAACUCCAGCUGAAGCCAACACUACUGUCAGAGAUUCUUUUUGCACCACGAACUUGUGAGCUCUGGUGAACUUUCCAAAGAGUUUUCUCGAUGACUUAGCCUUCUUCAACUGAGGUUUAAAAAAUUUACGGUGACAAGCUUGGCUGUACUCCUGCCACUGUCAACGUGGGCAAAGGGGACCACUUAUCAUCAAGUGGGCUGUCAGGUCGUCUGCCUUUGAAAACAAUAAAAAAAAUCUCUUGCAGUAUCAUAUCACUUCCAAGCGGAUUGCACACAAUUGUUUGAAAAGUAUAGUUUUUGCCCUGUUCAUCGUUUCGUAAACGAAUUUCGCAUGUCAUACAUUUUGAUAAAAUAUAGUUUUUGCCCUGUUCUUACCAGGAAAUGCGCCUCGAUUCCAUCGAUUUAAGUCUAAAUUUGUUUAAUUCCAUCAAUGAUGAAACAUCAUGAAUAUUAAUAACAAAACAUAAAGUAUUUGCUGUUUUUUGGAUGACUUAUUUCCGUUAUUGUGAUUUUCAAUAUCGGAAAUUUUGUCAAUAAUAAAAA